UAUUUUUUUUUCAUAACACCUUUUCCUCAACACAAAACUGAAACUUAAGGAAAUGUUCAACUAAUUUAAUUAAACCCAUUUUUUAACACACAAAAGAAACCAAAAAAAAAAACCACCAGUAUGUUGAAAAAUUUAACAAGAAUACAAAUCGAACCAGCAAUGAUUAAAACUUUUAAAAGUAAACAUCUAACGCUAGUUCAUAAAUAUACCACAAAAGCAAAACGUUCUGUCUUGUUACAAGACAAAUCAAAUAUUAAAAUUUAUGAACCAAAAAUCUCGGCAGAGAAUAAAUUGCGUAUUUAUGUGUGGGGCUUUCAAGAAACUGGAGCCUUAGGGCUGCAAACUUCUGUGAAAAAGGCACAAGAACGUUACACACAAGUUGUCCAUCAUCCAACGCGACUACAAUUCUCUGAAAAUACAACUGUCACUGAUAUUGUAGCUGGAUAUGGCUUCUCUGCGUUCGCUGUGAAACGAAGCGAUGGCGAAACACUUUUCGGAACUGGUCUAAACACUGACAGUCAAUUGGGACUGCAGAAAAAAGGUUACGGAGCAGCUACAAAGAAUCUAGAUCUAUUAAUCUAUCCAGCAGCAAUACGUCUUCCAAAACUAGCUGAUGAAACAGAUGACGAUAUGUCUGUCCAAUGCAUGUCCGCAGGACGUGCUCAUUUAGUCGUAUUGACAAAAAAUGGAACAAUCUUUUGUUUGGGAAACAAUUCUUAUGGCCAAUGUGGUCGGCAUAUUGUCGAUGACGAGGUCUACAAGGGAAGUAAUACAAUCCAUCGAAUAGAAAAGUCUAAUUUCACUGAAGAAGGGGAUGAAGUUGUUUCUGUUCAAUGUGGACAGGAUCACACUUUAUUCCUUACCAGGGAGGGAAAAGUCUACUCCUGCGGCUGGGGAGCUGAUGGACAGACAGGAAGAGGCAAUUACAUUACCUCGGGUACAAUUGAACAAGUCAAAGGGGACAUUCUCAAUGAGAGAAUUAUCAAAAUUGCCUGCUCUUCGGACUGUGUUCUGGCAUUGAACGAUAAAGGUGAAGUCUUUGGAUGGGGAAACUCAGAAUAUGGCCAGCUUGAUGAUUCUGACGAUGCUCCAACUCAAGUAAACUCUCCCCAAGCAUUAACCCUUACCAAAGGAAUUGGUGCUAUUAAAGACAUUGCUUCAGGAGGUUCCUUCUGCAUGGUUCUCAAUGAAGAAGGACUUGUUUUUACUUGGGGUUAUGGUAUAUUAGGAUUUGGUCCAUAUGUCGAACAGACAAGUAAACCACAACAACUUUUGCCACCUUUGUUUGGAAAGAAUGAUUUUAGUGAUAAUACCCAUGUAGUUUCUAUUAAUUGUGGUGUCUUUCAUAUGGGAGCUAUCAAUUCGGAAGGUGAUCUUUUUAUUUGGGGCAAAAAUCGAUUUGGUUGCCUUGGAUUGGGUCAUAAUAAGGAUCAGUUUUUCCCAUUUAAGACAGCAAUUAAUGCUAAAGUGCAGAAAGUUGCAUUUGGUGUUGAUCAUACAUUAGCAUUAUGUCGUCCGUUUAUGUAGAAAAAAAAGCAAAGUGAUAAUAAAAUGAAUAGUUGUUGAAUAAAGUUGGUU